AAAAAGACGCCAAAGUUCCAUUUAUAAUUUUCUGCUCGUGCUCUCUCCGCCUUCGUGCAAUGGAGAGGAUUCUAAGUUUCGCGGCAAAGCUAAAGCUAGCAUCGUUUCUAUGGCUUGAAGGAUUUUUAGAAGCUUGCUGCCUUCAUCGCGCGUUCCUCCUCUGUCGCAGGUCGAAGAAGCUACUGAUUCGAACUGGGCAGUGUUUUCUGUUGAAUGGGUUCAUAUUUUUGGGAAGUCUAUUUCUGCUGAAUUCAGUACUCAUCCCAACAUUACAAUGGAUAUUGCCUGAUAAGUGCUCGGGGAUGAGCUCCCAUGAGCCCUGCUUGCAUGAUAGCGUCCUGAAAUAUUACUCGUUCUUACGCGGUGCCCUCUUGCAACUCCUUUAUAUCUUUUGGUUCUACCCAUUGUACCGGUUCAGUUGUAUCCUGGGCAUUCUCUGGUAUGACGACAUUGCUAAACAUGCUUUCGCUGCAAUGGAAAACAAUGGGCGCAACCUAUUGAAACCCUCAGGGUCGGAUGAGGUAGCGGCAGAGCAUAAAAAAGCUCCAAUGGAGCAGCCUCCGGGCCUCGAGGGAGUUUUUGUGGGAAUAGGGGAGCAGGUGUACUCAGUACUGCUUGUAAUAUUCUUCUCUGCGCAGGUUAAUGCUGUAGGAAUCGUGCCAUUUGUUGGGAAGGCAUUGAGUUUCGUACUGCAGUCCUGGAUGUAUGCCUACUAUUGUUUCGAGUAGGUGGAUGUGUAUGCAUCUUCCAAUGUGACAUGUUUGAUGUUGUGAAUUCCUUUCUAUGGAUCAUUCUUCUGAUUUUGGUUCUCUGCUCUUGUUUAGGUACAAAUGGAAUUUGUCUGAAGUGCCGCUGGACAGGAAACUGGACUUCUUCGAAACUAACUGGCCCUUUUUUGUUGGUUUCGGCAGCCCCUGUGUUCUGGCUAGUUUCUUCUUCUCUACUUAUGUGAGCUACGGCGUGAUGGCCACUCUUUUCCCCCUGUUUGUUUUGACUGCAACGAGCUCGAGUGCCCAACAGCUCAUUUUCUCUGAGAGGAAAAAAUGGAAGGGGAUAGGACUUGGAAGGCUACCCAUAUUUUGUAUCGCCGAUAAAUUAUCGCGUCGGAGCUUUUCCUCCGUCCCUUGGAUUCUCGACAUGAUGAACCGGGCUCUAAGUCUGGCUACGUCAAUUUCAGCUUUUCUGAUUAACACUCUGACAAGCAAAGCGCGCAACGCUUAGAAAUGGGCUAAGCCGUAUGUAUCUACAUUGCCUCCAUACACUUGUUCAUGACCUGGAGGAAGGAACCGAUCCCCGAAACCAUCACUAGACGGACGACGGCUGGAGCAUCUGGUUGAUCAAUGUACAAAGUCAUGUACAGAUAAGAAUCUGGAUCCGAGAAUGAUGUAGCUUCACUAUUAGUUUGUACUUAGUUGCUUAGUUCAUACAGUAUCUCGAUUGUGCAAAAUGCUCCAAAGUUUGAUAAUCAUAUAUGUCGUUGCGCGCGCA